AUGGCCGCCAAUGGAGCCCCGGCAUUGGGCACCCAGGCACUUGAGCCUGAGUACGUCAUUGGCUAUCCGACAUUGACAUCGCCGACGGAUUCGCCAUUGGAGCAAUUCCGUUCCAUUGUGAGCUCGAUUGCCGAGCAUUCGUACUCACCGCAUCACAGAUUGAGGUGGAAUUCUACGACGGUAUUGACUCACAUGCGAGAGGCCAUUGCCAUCUUCUACGCCCAACUGACGUGCAUUGCUUCGUCAUUGGAACUGCAACUGUGGAAAACGGCACUCAUUGACACAACACAGAUUGUCGACAAGUACGUCAAUGUGACAUUGGGUGAAGAAGGAGGAUUCAUUCACCUUGAUUGUCCGAUUAUCAUGGAGAUUGCUGAACAGGUGCAUGACGCAUUGGCAGCAUGUUCGCGCCAACUUGUGCGAUUCAACCAAAAGAUUGGCGGAGUUGAAGUGCCACUCGGAUGGGGCAUUGGAAACAAGUAUGCCCGAACAUUGACUCCUGACGGAUUCCCAGGACACAGUGGAUUUGCCAAUUGCAUCUUUCUCCACCUAUUGUGGAUUUGCAACCGAUGCAUUGGAACGAUGAAUCAGGUUGACAUUGCUGACGGCAACAUUCCCGUCUUCUCGCCAAACUUGGCAUUCCUUAUUGUCGAUAAGACAGUUGAGUGCUAUUGCUCAUUGAAGAGCAUCUUUACACGAUGCAUUGCUGUCACAUCGUACAAUUGCCGGAAUUACGCCCCGGUGGAUGGCUUGGUAGAUUGGUUCUGUUGCAUUGCUCUCCCAGCAAGCCAGAUUGAAUCUCUCAAUGCGGGAUUGACAACACUGAUAACCACGCCAUUGGGUCAGUUAAAUGCUCAAUUGACAGUCGAUGCUGCCUUGAGAAAAAUGUGUCAUUGGUUUCGACAAGGCAGAUUCAAUGAGACCCAGCAAAGGGAAUUGGUCAAGAUCAUUGUGUUUCGACCAUUGAGACGAAUGACUGACGUGCGAUUGAAAGUCCCCGACGGCACGGGAGGCUUCGCAUUGUACCACAAUUGCUCUUUCAUGUCGAGCAGUUGGUGCCUCACGAUUGACAGCCGGCAUGAUCCGAUUGCCAACACCUAUUCGUACAUUUUGGAUGGAUUGGUACGCCAACAUUCGAUUGUACUGGAGUUGCCGACUUUGACAGUUGAGUCAUUGGCAUCGAUGAUGCAUAACAGUUGUUAUGCGAAUUGGGUUCCCACGGAGACGGUGCACAGGCAUUGCACCUUGCCAUUGACCCAUCUGGAGAUUGAAGGAUCACCGGAAUUGUAUUUACUCUCGGAAAAUGAUUCAGAGAUUGCCGCGGACGAUAUUGCCAGCAGUGCAAGUGCAGGCAUUGAUCCGAGCACAGGCCCUGUGCCUGACUCAUUGACCAGAGAGGAAUACAGCAUUAUGUUGUCUACUGCCGCUGCGAUUGCGAAGAAGCGCAAAGGAGAGAACGCAGAGAGCACUGAUUGGUCUGAGUACCAAGGAGCAUUGUUUGACGACCCCUCUUGGACUGAGGACGAUUGGUAUGGAGAUUGGUGGUAUGAUGACAGCCAUGAUUGGUCUCAGGAAUGGUCGUGGUAUGACGAUUCGUCGUGGCAGACAGCUGAUUGGCCUCAGCAGGCUCAGUUAGCACUGCCGCCGCCAGCUCAGCCGAUUGCUAAAGCAAAAGCCAUUCCCAAAUUGGCACCGAAGCGUGAGAAUGCCAAGAACACUGACUAUUGGGUCAUCAACGAAGAGAAAAAUGUACUUGUGCGAUUCCACGUAAAGCCUCGUCAAUAUUUGAUGGCAUUCCGGUAUCUUCGCGGGAAAUUGCCAGUUGACGAAUCCAGAUUGACAGGUCACAGGGAGACAGAACGAUUCUUCAAGGACGGUUCAGCCGAUGUGAUUGUUGAUCAGGAUUUCAGGACAUUGGAUGAUGACAAGGUUGACAAUCGCGUUCAGCCCGAUCCCGAGAACAUUGUUUCUUGGAGAGGUCGUACAACAUUCAAGCUGAAGCCUUUGACAGGUAAGGCAUUGGAAGAAGCAAAGAAAGUUGCAUUGCAGUAUCAGGGUAUUGUCAUCCAACCCGCCCGCCCUCCCCGCGUCUUCGUCCAUUGGUGUCUCCAACCGAGGAACCGAAACACAGAUUGA